AUGGCCCCUCGACUUCUCGUCUUGCUAUCCGGACUCAUUGCAACUGCGGCUACACAGUUGACGCCUCUCCCACCCAGUCAAGACCCAUUCUACGCGACACCGCCAGAUUACCAGCACGCCGCUCCUGGAGAGAUACUCCGCAUCCGCAAUGCACCGGGAAACCUCACCGCGUCUUUUGCCAAUGCCUCGUCGGUCUACAACAUCCUGUUCCGCACCACGGACACCCAUUACGAGCCGUCCUAUGCCUGGACCACUCUCUUCGUCCCCAAGAAGAACGCCAACACCAACACCAGCGCUCUCCUCUCCUAUCAGAUCCCAUAUAAUACCCCGGACGUCGACGCGGGACCCUCGACGCUUCUUUACGCCAGUGGAGGCGACCUUGCAUUGGUGGACACGGACAUCCAAGCUUCCCUCUCGCGAGGCUGGUACGUCAAUGUCCCGGACUUUGAAGGCCCGAAGGCGUCUUUCGUCUGCGGCGUUCAGGCCGGACAUGCGACUCUAGAUUCCAUCCGUGCGGUCCUCGGCCACAGUUUCACGAAUCGCAGCCAGCCCAAAGUUGCCCUCUGGGGUUACAGCGGCGGCUCCUUCGCCUCCGGCUUCGCCCUCGAACUCCAAGUCCAGUACGCGCCCGAACUGGGAGACAUCCUCGCCGGUGCAGCUCUGGGCGGCAUUCUGCCCAACAUCACGAACGCCCUCCCCAACGUAGCCCGGAAUUCCACCUUCGCGGCUCUCAUCCCCGCCGGUCUCGUCGGUCUCGCCACCCAACAUCCCCAAGUGGAAGCAUACCUCGCCUCGCAACUCCGCCCUUCAGGACCCUACAACGCCAGCACUUUCCUCUCGGUGCGGAACAUGUCGAUCAGUGAAGCUUUCGUCGCCUUCGCUUACCAGGACAUGUACAAUUACUUCCUCCCUCUCCCUCGCAACGGAUCGAUUCUCUCCGCCCCGGCAAUCGCCCAGCCGCUCGCUCGGGACGCGAGUCUAGGCUAUCACGGCAUCCCAACAGCACCGAUGUAUAUCUACAAAGCUGUGCAUGAUGAGAUUUCGCCGGUGGAGGAUGCGGAUGCCUUGGUGGAGAGGUAUUGUCAGGGCGGGGCGGAGGUUGUGUACGAGAGGAAUGGGCUUGGGGGACACCUUGCCGAGGAGAGCAAUGGCGAUGCCAGGGCUUUGGAGGUUUUGCAGAGGAUGUUGGAGGGGCGGUGGGUUGGUGGGAGGGAGGGGUGUGUGGUUAGGGAUGUUGCGGUUAAUGUUACUGAUUCCGCGCUUUAG